AUGGACGCGGCGGCCAUGCGGCGUGUCGAGGCGCACCUCUCGGUGACAACGGCGUCGUCGACGCGGAUUUGGUACCGCAUUCGGUUCCAAACGAUGCACUUGGUCGGCUCGCGCGCCUUUCAUCGCUUGGGGCUUGCGGUGACGACGCUCAAUGUGACGGUGCUUUCGUGCAACGCGCACGGCAUGUCGGCGACGACGCAAUAUUGGAUUGAAACACUCAACUUUUUCUGCCUCGUCUACUACAUCCUCGAGACGCUCCUCAAAAUGGUGGCGGCCGGCCCGUGGCGCUACUUUCGGGACGGUUUUAACCGGUUUGACUUUGUCACGAUCGCCCUUGGCAUCCUCGACACGGUCGCGAACCCGCCCGAGAUUGUCGACGGCAACCCGGGGCGCGUCUCGCCGUUCGCAGCCUUGCGCGCGCUCCGCGCCAUCAAAAUCGCCAAGUCGAUCAAGCCAUUGCAUCGCCUUUUGGUCGCUAUCAUGGACGCGUCGAGCGAGAUUGGGAACUUCCUUGUGUUUCUGUUUUUGUUUAUUUACAUUUACGCGCUCAUUGGCAUCGAGCUCUUUGCGACGCGCCUCCAGUUUGACAGCAGCAACCGCCCGCUCCCGUUUAACGGCACGCAUCCCAUGUACCAGUCGCGCUCCAACUUUGACCAGAUCGAGUGGGCCGUCUUUAGCGUCUUCCAGAUCAUGACGUACGACAACUGGCCGGCGGCACUCUACAAUGGGUGGCUCGUCGCGGGCUGGCUCGGCGUGCUCUACUUUUGCUCGAUCAUCGUGCUCGGCGUCUGGGUCGUCAUGAAUGUCUUCUCGGCCAUCCUCGUCGAGUCGGUCAUGGCCGGCACCAGCGCCCAAUCGACCGACGACGACGACGACGAUGUAGAGUCGGACUUGGACGACUUGGCCCCCGACCUCGCGGUCCUGCACCGCGCUUACACGAUGCGGGUACGACGGCCUCGACCGUCUUCUUGUAGCCGCUCGCUCCGUCGCAUCUUUCGAAAGGCGCUUCACGCGAUCAACCUGCCGCAAAUUGCGCCGGCGCCGUCCGUUGUGGACUUGCAUGGACCUCCAACGACCGCGGUGCAGGUGACGCACGUGUCGUGGCCGCGGCGCGCCGCCCGCCGCCUCGUCUCGCACCGGUUUUGGGACCGCAGCGUGACGCUCAUCAUCUUUGUUUCGUGCGUUCUAACCGCGCUGGACUCGCCGCUUCUCGACACGCACCAAGGCUUGGGCUACGGGAUCGAGAAGGCCAACAUGGUGUUCGCCGUCGUCUUCUCGAUCGAAAUGGCGCUGCACCUAUUCGCGCACGGCGUGAUCGCGUACCUCCGAGACCCGUGGUCGGUCUUGGACGGCUUCAUCGUGCUCGUGUCGCUCCUCUCGUGGGCGCUCGGCUCGAGCGUCAUCUCGAGCUUGCGCGCCUUGCGGUCGCUCCGCGCGCUCCGGCCGCUCCGCGUCAUCAACAAGAUGCCGCAGCUCAAGGUCGUCGUCAACACGCUCUUCCGGUGCCUCCCCGAGAUCGGCAAGGCGUUCAUCUUCUUCCUCUUCAUUUUGCUCAUCUUUGGCAUCAUGACCGUCAUGUUUUUCCGCGGCGCGCUCGCGUCCUGCAGCACGAGCCCGUACACGUACAUGACGAGCGAGACGCCGCCGCCAUGGUUCCCGCGUGACUAUCGUGGCAGCUACAACGCCUCGGACUUGGCGCAAUACGAUCUCAUGUCGUAUCCGCGUCCGUGGACCAGCCUCUCGUCGUCCGCCCAAGCUCAAAUGGCUGAUGUGUGGCCCCAGAUUCGUUGCAACGACCACAGCUGCGACGUGCACGAGACGCCGACGUCGCGCGCUGUCUGCGAAGCCUUCAAUUGCACGUGGACCAACGUCGUGCCGCAGCGCUUCGACAACAUCUUCCUCGCCAUGGGCUCGCUCUACGAGCUCACGACGAUGGAGGGCUGGGCGGCGGUGGCCAUUGCCAGCGUCGAUGCAACCGGCGCCGACAUGCAGCCGAUCAAGAACACGAAUCCGGCGAUGCUCUUCUUUUGGAUCUUCUUUAUGAUUGCCGGCGCGUUCUUCAUCACCAACCUCUUCAUCGCCGUGCUCUGCGACAGCUUUAUCCGCGAGAACUACGGCGUCCUCGUCACGGACGAGCAGAUCAGCUGGAUCAAAAUGCAGCAGCGCGUCUUGGCCAUCAAGCCCGUCGUGGUGUUUCCGUCGCCCGCGCAGCCGAUCCGCCGCCUCGCCUACAAGCUGGUGCACUGGCGCGGCUUUGACGCGGUUGUGAUUGCGUGCAUUCUACUCAACAUGGUGACGAUGGCCGUGACGUACUAUGGGCAAAGCGAGACCAUGACGCUGCUUCUAAACGCCCUCAACUACGUGUUCGCGGCCGUCUUUGUAUUGGAAUGCGUGCUCAAGAUCACGGCUUUUGGCGCGGCCUACUACUUUGCCGACGACUGGAACCGGUUUGACUUUGCCGUUGUCUUUCUGACCGUCGUGAGCCUCGUCGUGCCACUUGUGUUUGCGACCGAGUCGCUCGGGCCCGUGGCAACGAUCAUCCGCGUCUUCCGGGUCGGCCGCGCGCUGCGCCUCAUCAACCACGCCAAGCUCAUCAAGGCCAUGUUCGACACGAUCCUUGUCUCGCUGCCCGCCGUCGCCAACGUCACGGCGCUGCUCAUGCUCAUGUACUACAUCUUCGCGGCCGUUGGCGUCCAGCUCUUUGCCAAAGUCGGCUUCCAGAACAUGCUCAACCCGCACCAGAAUUUCCAGACGUUCUGGAUCGCGCUCCAGACGCUCAUUGGGUUUUCCACCGGCGAGAAUUGGCCCAACUUUCUUUGGGAAGUGUACAACCGAGUGCCGGCCACGAACCCGACGUGCGCCGAGCGCGUCUACAACGCGUCCAUGUGCGGCUUCCACACGGUGCACGAGUGCACACCGCUCGACGGCUGCGGGUCGUCGCUCAUCCUGCCCUACAUGUACCUCUUCUUCUUCGUCAUGGGCUACGUGGGCAUCAACGUCUUCUCCGGUAUCGUCGUCGAUGCCAUCGGAGAUACGUCGAACGCCGCUGUCGUUACCAACGACGUCCUCGAAGCGUUCACGCUCGCUUGGUCCAAGUUUGACCCGCAAGGCACGGGCAUGGUGACGCUGGACGACCUGGCGCACAUCCUUCUCCAGCUGCCACCGCCCUUUGGCCUCCGAACCACGCCCCACGCGACGAUGAAAGCGGCACAGCGCCGCAUGCGCGAUCUGCACAUCGACGUGUACGACAAGCAGUACGUACAUUUCAAAGACGUGCCGCGCGCGCUCGUCCUCCAAGCCGUCAGCAGCGGCGACCGGCAAAAGAUGCUCGAGUGCGCGCAGAUCAUGGAAGACAUGGGGUUUGCGCGCGCGUUCGACGACGCGUGGUUUAAAAAGUGCGACAAGGCCAAGACGGACGCGCUCAAAGCGUUUGAAACCGCCAAGGCGCGUCAUCACUUUGCCACCGAAUUGAUUGCGAGAACUCUUCUCGACCACGUGCGUGCGCGACGACAGCUCAAGGCGUAUGCCACUGAAGCGGCCAACGAAGGUACCACGCAAGAGGGUGCUGCCAAGGAAGCGGGGAAGGAAGACGGAGAAGCCGCCAAGAAAGGAGGUGCUUCGGUCACAGCCGCGUCACCAAGGAGACAUGUCCGGUCCGCAACGUCGCCAGCGCAGCGCCACAAGUCGCGAAGUAAAGUAAAGCACAAAGCGUGAUCGGCCGGUUCUUGGUUUUUUUCCG